GAAACGCGCCUCCGCGGGUGAGGCAGGUGGCCGCGGCGUCCCUCUUGCCCUUGGCUCUCGGAUCCUCGGCCUGCAGUUAGGCUGCCGGUUGGGGUUGCAUCUGCACGGCUGAGUCCAUGGACGCUGGAAGCGGUCCUGGGGGCUGUCGUCUCCGCCCCCUCUACAGCAGAGACCUGAAGAAGGUUCAAGACAAAGGAGACUCUGACAUCAUCACGGGAGAGAAGAGAUACAAUAUGUUACUGAAAGUAGAACCUUGGAAUGAAAGAGCCCUUCUCAUAGAUUUUGGAGGACAUAAAUGGGCAAAUUACUCUUCAGUAAGAUGGAAAUUUUUUCAGCAGCAGUGUACAAGAAUGUCAUUCCUCCAAGCUGUGCCAGCCUUAGGCCUCUCAGAUACCAAGCACAGUGAUCUUCUGGAAUCUAAGGGAUGCUUUGCCAAUGUAACAUCAUCUGGCAGAAGGGUCAGCUCCUCAUCUACUGAAACAGGUCUGAGUGUCGGUAAGCCUCUCAGCCCUUGCAGAGGCCUUGUCCACCUAGACCCUGCUGCAGAGUUGGAUCUGAAAUCCUCCUCCUCACAUUCUGAUCACUCCUCUGAAACUUCAUUGCCUGAAGUCCAAAAGGAUAAAUAUCCCCAGGAAUUCAGCCUGCUCAAGUUGCAGACAAAAGAUGGGCAGCGUCCUGAGUGGACAUUUUAUCCAAGGUUUAGCAGCAACAUCCACACCUACCAUGUUGGAAAGCAGUGUUUCUUUAACGGGGUCUUCCUCGGCAAUAGGAGGUCUCUGUCAGAGAGGAUAGUGGACAAGAGCCUUGGGAGAAAGAAAUAUGUUCUUGACCCCAGGAAUGGAAUCCCAAAGUUAACUCCAGGAGAUAAUCCAUAUAUGUAUCCAGAACAGAGUAAAGGCUUCCACAAAGCAGGAUCAACUCUCCCACCAGUGAAUUUUUCAAUAGUGCCUUAUGAAAAGAAAUUUGACACAUUUAUUCCACUUGAACCUCUUCCACAAAUCCCCAACUUGCCUUUCUGGGUGAAGCACAAGGCCAACAUGCUGAAGAGCGAGAUAAGAGAAGUCAAAGAGCUUGAUGACUGGCAGCCAGCGAUCUCCUUGCUACACAGUUUGCUCCCUGCCGGUGGGUCAAAGGACUUUCAAAAAAUAGCAUAACAACUGGAGGCAAGCCUGGAAGAGCAGGCUUCUGAGAGGCUUCACAAUGGAGAGGAGAGAGGCAGAGCCUCUCCCAGAGUGGAUGGUAUCCUUCGCCCCGAGGCGGCCCCUGGGCAGAUGUCACGGCUGUGGGUUGCUGUCAAGUAUAUCUUUGAGAACUGUUGGUCUUGUGAUGGAGCACAGCCUUUAACUGUGCCUCUAUCCACAGGUUCUUUGGACUUUCCAAGACAGUCCUGAACAGAAACAGGUCCAGGAAGCAGGCACCGACUGGCCCCUGGAGAGCCUUUUCCUGUUGAUUGCUUCUGUUAGUGCAACUGUUCUAAAUCAAAUGUUUGACUUGGAUGCAAAAA